GAUACUUUCAUAACUGGCGCGCUCGUGAGAAAGAAUUUUAAUAUUGACAAGACUAUGGAUCCAAUUCCGAUCUGUUCAUAAUAGCGCACCCGCCAUGUCAGAAGAACUGCUCGAUGAAGUCAACUCCAUCAAUGCCAUCUACGGCGAAAAAACCAUCACGUCUCUCGAAGAAGCGCCCAAUCUAUAUGCCUUGACUAUCCCAUCUCAGCCCGACAUCUCCUUGCGGAUAGACUUCCCAUCGGAUUAUCCUGAUGCGCCGCCAUCACUUCUUGGCACCCAACAUGUUGGCCACGAUACGGCUAAAGGUCAAGGCACUGCCAUCGUCGACCUCGUCCGCUCUAUCUUGGCAGAAAUAUACACGCCUGGUGCACCCUGCAUAUUUGACCUCAUUGAAGAAUCGACCCAGAGACUUCAGCAGCUCGGCUUGGACUCCAGCUCAAAGGACGCGGAACAACAAGCUACUGAAGCGAACGGUCAGCCCUCCCACCACGAGUACCCGGAUGAGAACAUAGCUUCUGACUUCCCCACUCAUUUUCAGCCUAUAGAAGAACUUGGAAACCCGCCACCCUGGGCCGAGUCGGAUGUUGUCACAGAGAAGAAGUCCGUCUUCCUGGCUCGUGCGGCGCAAGUCUCAAGUGUCGACGAGGCAAAAUCAUAUUUGGCCCAUCUACUUGCUACGGACAAGAAGGUCGCCAAAGCUACACAUAAUAUCACAGCCUGGCGGAUACGUGGCGAGAACGGAGUGCAAUUUCAGGACUGUGAUGAUGAUGGAGAGGAUGCCGCAGGUGGAAGAUUGCUGCAUUUGUUGGAAUUAAUGGGAUUGUGGAAUGUCAUGGUUGUUGUGAGUAGGUGGUAUGGAGGCGUUAAAUUGGGCCCGGAUCGAUUCAGACUGAUCAAUCAGGCCGCGAGGGAUGCGGUCGUGAAAGGCGGCUUCGUUGUUGAAGAGGGCACGGGCAAGGAUGGUGGGAGGAAGAAGGGUAAGAAGUGACACUGCAUACUGACGGGAACGGAAUGCCACCGUCUCUGAACGAAUGCCGGUCUGACGAACAAAACCUCGGAGGUGGGAAUGCUCGAGGAAAGACGACAGGGACCACGAUAUAAUCUGUUUCGAUCGCAAAUCACGAAAAGGCAGACCAGAAGCCGUCUCGAGCUCUGCAUUUCCGGCUACUCGGCUCCUUGCACCGGCUUUGAUGUGGCUACUUCAGCUUGGCUUCGUGCGCACUGAAGGCAGCCCGACGGGGACAAGAGACCGCCUGCAUACUUACUGCGACAAGAAUGUCAAGUGACGACUCUUCUGGCCCAAUGAUCCGAGCACGCGAGCCACUCGUAGAAAUACAAGUCUUCCCGCCCUAACACAAGUCCUUUUCUGGCCCGAAGACGUUGUCGAGUCCGACCGCCACGGCGUUCGAGUGCGUAACGGAUCUGGGAGCCACCCACCUGCCAACAAAAGCUCUGUGGAACCGUCGCCUGGCUCUCGGUGUUUUCGCGAAUGUUCACAAAGUGGACCAAUGUUGAGAAUGCCCGGUCUACAGGCACUACUGAGCUGCUGUAUCUGCGUCGUCGAGACAGAGGAAUGUGCGACUACUCCACGUAUUCUCGGCUUGCUCAGCGUGCCAGGUCAACAUUCGUGCUGCCACCAGUGCUACUACUCAGCACACUUUCUGGAUUUUCCAGAAGCCCUCCAUCUUUACUCACAUAUCUCUAAGCUCUUCACGACUGUCCUUUCAUCUUU